CUCCCACAGGUGAAACUGGUAAAGGUUUAACUAAAAACACUUGUACUUUCCGCUUCAUCAGUAGUACCUUACGCAGCUGACCAUUCUCACCAGUAUAAACGGAGAACUCCCUUUGACCACCUCCAUACAAUCUCACUUUCUUCAUCAAUGCCGGAACAUCAACUCUUCUAAAAUAUCCCUCACAUUUUCAAUCAACACACCAUUCAGAUCUUCAAACUAUUAUAGAUAGAUCAGUUCAUCAAUCAUUGAUUCAUUUCUGUGUUGUUUCUGAUUUUGUUUUCAGUUAAUUUACUCUUUGUCACCAGAUUGAUGCCCUAAUGUGCCGAAAACUCAGAUUUAGGGUUUAAUAAACGUUUUACGGAUGAAAAGACGGAAAAACGGAGAUUAUUAGAGUAUUGUGAUAAGGUUUUUUAGCAGAUCGGAGUUUGUAUUAAUGGAAUUAACCUCAGAUUCAAGUGUUUCAGCUCCGUUAGGGUUAAUGCAGCAUUCUUCAUCUAGUGACGGUUGUUCAAGUGUCGGUAAUGGUGGUGUCGGUUGUAUUGUACACACUGUCACAAAGUUUGAUACGCUUGCAGGUGUCGCUAUCAAAUAUGGCGUUGAGGUGGCUGAUGUCAAGCGGAUGAAUGGUCUUACGACCGAUCUACAAAUGUUUGCGCGUAAGUCGCUUCAGAUACCAUCACCUGGGAGGCAUCCACCGUCUCCUGUAAUGACAAAUGGAUAUCAUACUCAAGGACAACCAAGCUCCCAGAUGACGCCACCCGGCCAUAAAUAUUCCGAUUCAUUUAGUCCAAUCGGACCACUGAAAUUAUCAUCUUCACCCCAAAGGAACAUUUCAUCUUCCGUCAGUUCUUUACGGGAGUAUUAUGGUCUUCCAUUGAGUGAUCGUAAAGGCGCCCGUGAAGGUUUCGAAAUGACCCAAACUAACACGCCCCUUGGUCUUCACCGGAAGUCAAAAAGUGAAGCAAACGGGCUUUCCAAAAUUUACAAAACGGGAAGCGUUCCUGUUCCAAACAACAAGGGAGCUCCUGGUUCUGAUAAAAGCAUUGAAAAGCUGGUAAGAAGGCGUAAAUCAGAGGUGGACCUUAACAACCGCACGCCAGAAGACCUGACAGCUAACCAUACAAUCGCUGAACCCGAACCAGGUGCACCCAACAUGGUUCCAUUAGGUUCCAAAGAUUCAUCAGUGGCUCCGGCUAUAAGUGGAGUGAGGAAGUCUUCAAGUGCACCAACUUUUCUACCGUCGGAGACUAACAACACUAGUAAUACCAGCCCGACUCCAUCAUCAAUUUGGCCAAUUUCUUUGUUGAAUUUUACGGCCGAUCUUCAAGCUAUGUCCAUAGCAGCCAUAGCAAGUCCGCUCUUUGAUGGGUUGCCAAAGCCAACGAGCGGGCGGAAGAACAAGGCGGCUCGUGAUUAGUAAAUUCUCUUGAUUAUUAUUUUUUUGUGUCUCUAUUUAAAUUUAAAUGAAUUAUGAUGCUAUAUGUUCUCCUCGCUAUUGAAUUGGUGUCAUUUCGAGAAACUAGAAUAGGAAAUAAAGAAUUAGUUGUCGCGUCAUUGUAUUUUUUUGGGCAGGGAUACACAUACACACUUAAUAGUAGCAGUAGUUGAGGUUUUAAUAUUUAUGGCUUCAUUGAACA